AUGGACUAUGAGAACUCUGUGAAGAAUUGGGAGCGCUACUUCGGCCAACACAGGCAGCAGAACAAGAUCUUGAAGGACAUCACUCAGAACGCCACGGGUGUGGGCGCAGCGAACCAGACCAUCGCCAGCAACCAGAGUGCCAACACCAACAGCAUGGGACAGACAGGUGAUCAGCGGGUCACCACCAGAACCGUGAUGAAGGUCAUCAACAACUUCCUCUUCCAGUUCAGCACCGAGAAGAUGGACCAGACCAACAAGGCCGGCAUUAUCCGAUUGAUGCCCCAUGAGCUCUUGAAGAUGAGCCCUGCUGAUGUAGACACCAGCCUGGUUGGCACGGUCAGUAGCUGGAUCGCCGUCCUGGGCGAGCGCUUCGCCACGCCUCCGCCGCCCUCGGUGCUGCGCAGCGCGGGCGUGCCGGCGCCGCGGGGCGCGAUGCCGGAGCCGCAUCUGGACGCGGCCACCUGGGAUACGCAAGUGCGCAAGGCUGCGGGUGAAUCUUGGGGCCCCUAUGCGCAGCAGAUUUUCGCAAACUUCUGCCUGCCCAUUGAGAAGAGGGUGAGUCUCCAUGAGUUCUUCUUGGGGCUGAUUUGCUGCUCCAAGGGCACUGUCUCCGAAAAGGCCAUGGCACUGUUCCACCUCUUUGGCUACAUUGGUCCUGAGCCCAUGGUCCACCACAUCAACCCCAUCUCCCAUUCCACGCACAUCAUCAUCGAACGGAACGAGGGCAAGAGCUACCAGGAGGAAAGCAACUUCUUGAAGGCGCCGCGGGAUGAUGAGAUCAAGACCAUGGCACUGCACUUGCAGAUCUAUGUCUACGCCUUUGGCGCCAGCGGCAUGGUUGAGGUGGUCCAGGGCGAAGUCUUUGUGCCAACGUUGGUGCCUUUCGUGACCAAUGCCUUAGUGGGCGACAACCCACGGACCUUCACCAUUUGGGGGCCGGAGAAGCAGCUGCCACCGGGCUUCAGCCGGGAGAACGACCCGGCGCUCUUGACAGAUCACGGAGUGAGACCCUAUGUGGGUGAUAUGGUCUUGGACUUGAAGUGGAUGCCUGAAAGCCCUGCCAAGCCGGAAGUCGGCCAACUGGGCAUCCAACUCCACAGCGUUUCCCUCAACCUGGACGCUCCCGAGACCAAGAACCCUCGCGUGGAGGUCUACACCUACACGGAGAGUGGCGAGAAGAUCCAGUUGAAGCGAUGGGAUCCUCGGACCACCAUGCGCAAGGUCUCCAAUGCCCUGGCCAUGGCACCGAAAGUGGGCAAGUAUGUGGAGUGGGAGCGCACCAUGCGCCGCAACGAGGUCACUGGGCAGCUCUUCAAGAAGCUGGCUGCAGGUGAUCACGGCUGGAACAAGGAAGAGAAGAUUUGGAAAUGGUCCACUCAAUGGGGCGCGCAAUACUCCGUGGAGCGCACCGUCUUCCGCAAGGCGGUUUGUGAGAAGGCGCAGGUCACCGUGGCUGGACAAAGCGCCCAGAAGCCCAACUUGAUCACUUUGCCGGCCUGUCGGGUCAUCGUCGCAGGCAUCCUGAACCGCAGCUUGCACCCGGUGACACAUCGGCAAGCGAUCUUGAUGGCGGAUCAGAUUUUCAGCCGCUGUGGAGCUGUGCCGGGCAUCCUCGAUGCGUUGAUCAUCGAGGGGGAUGUGACCUCGGCCAGCGAGAGCUUGACGAAGGCCAAGGAGGAGUUUGCUGAGCUUGGAAGGAAAUGGCAAGAUAUGAAGAAGUACAUGGUGGUGGCGCAUGAACUGCAAGUGAUGAUGAGCUCUUAUGGCUUGGAUUUGUUCACUCCAGAGGUGUCGCGCGACUCGGGCGGAAGGCCCUUGAACUUGCAGAUGUUGGAGAUCAAGGAUCCCUUCCCUGGUCAGAGCAAGACCUUGUGGCUUCGCUACUGCCGCGCGGGAGAUGGCCAAAGGUACAACAGCCGCAUCCCGGUGGAUCCCGAUGGUGCCCUGAGGGGCGGACGGGUGAAGUUGGAUUACGACUAUGAGGCGGACCCGGAGGGGGCCAACUUGCAGUUGCAGUUGAACAAGCAGGAGUUCGUGAACUGCUUCUGCUCCAGCAGCAUCUUGCACGAGACGUUGGCUCAAUUCUCCACCAGCGACAACAGCACGGCCAACGUUCCAGACGGUAUCGCCAUCAAUUUAGACGUGACCAUUGCAGAUCCCACCAAGGAAGAAGCAGAUGCCGACUUGAUGGACACCUUGAAUGUUCGUCAAGGAGUACUCUUGGAGGUUUGGGACGCGGACAUGGGCAAAUCCGACGACUUCUUGGGUGAGUGCUGGCUGCCGGCGCUGGGCUCCCUGACGGCGGCGCCCAAGCGCUACGUGCUGCCCGUGACCAACGCGCCGCCCGAGAAGGGCGCCACACGAUAUCACAGCAAGAAGUUCAGCAAGGUCACCUGUGAAGGCCACUUGAUCGUGGACGCCUCGUGGACCUUCCCCAGCGAAACGGUGCCGCCCCUGCCGGAUGCAGCUGAUAUGGAGAAGAGGGUGAAGAGAGAGGAGAUCCUGCAUACGGGAAAGCUGAAGCUGAAGAUCAUCAAGGCCGAAGGCCUGCGCGGCGCGGACCGCGGCUUCCGGCGAGAAGGCAGCGAUCCCUAUGUGUGCAUGUACGUGAAGAACGAGGCCUUCUUCCGCCAGGAGAAGGAGAAGAUUCCACCCGGCUUCGAUGAGAACGGAUGGCACCAGACAGCCUUGGGCCGACACGAGUGCUACUGGACCACCAGCACGAAGAAGGCCACCAGGAAUCCCGAAUGGAACGAAGAGAAGGAGUUCAUGCUCAGGACUGGUGCCUUUGAACGGCGAACCAAGCAGGCCUAUCACUUGGAGCUCACUUCACGCCAGGCCACGCGACACCGCGAUGACUACUACGCCGCGGCUCGGGAACCCCGGGAACGACUUCUGAACCGACUCUCCCGGACGCCCCGCGGCGUAAGACCCCCGGGGGGCAUGGAGAUGAUCAAUCCGAGUCAUGCUGAGCGGCUGGCGCUCAUGGAGAUGGAGAUGCAAAGGCUGAAAGCAGCGCAAAGCUUGCCGUCUUUAGGCGUCAAUAGCAUGGCCUUGCUCAACUCGACGAAUCAGAAGGAAGGACAGGAAGGAGACGAGAUGGGCUUCUUCAUCGCAGAAGGGUAUAGGCUCCAGGAGCUCCACCAGGACCUCCUCGCAGCGCACCAGACGCUGCAGAAGCGGCACGUGGAGCUCAUGCGCGCGCACACGGAGCUUCAAGAAGACUUCAAGAAACUCAAAGCGAGCUCAGGCCAAAGGGCCCGUGCGAAGCAUCCGUCGUUGGGCGUGGUGCGCCUGGACUACGACUAUCCGCCCGCGCCGGGUGACACGGAUUGCCCAGGCAGCUUUGGCUAUGAUGUCUACUACCGCUGCGUGCCGGGGCUCUCCUUCGAAAUGUGUCAGUCGGGGAAGUUCACGGAGAUGGUGGAGCGACGCUUCGCGGACGCCAUCAAACACUUAGAGGCACGAGGCGUGAGCGCCAUCACAGGGGAUUGUGGCUUCAUGAUGGCCUUCCAGGUUCUGGCCAGGAAGAUCGCCAAGAAGCCCAUCUUCAUGUCCUCCAUGGUGCAAUGCCCCAUCAUCGGCGCCGCACUGGACCCCAUGGACCAGGUCUUGAUCCUCACGGCCAAUGAUGUCACUCUGAAGCCACAGAAGGAGGUUCUUCUAAGCAGCUGUGGUUUUGACGUAGAUGAGAGCCGCUUCAUCAUCCAGGGCUGCCAGGGGGUGCCGGGCUUUGAAGCCGUGGCCAAGGGGGAGAAGGUGCCGCUCGAGAAGGUCCAAGCAGGGAUACUCAGGUUGGUCCGGUUCAUCCUGGAGGAACGCCCAGCUAUUCGUGCGAUCCUCUUGGAAUGUACCGAACUCCCACCCUAUGCGGAUGCCUUGCGGUAUCACACGGGGCUGCCGGUCUGGGAUGCCAUUUCUUGUGCUGAUUUCUACGUGAGCGCCUUCCAGGACAACAAGCGCUAUGGCCAAGCUGAUUGGCAGGAAGAUUGGGAUGGCGAGCAGGAGGAGUAUGAACUGGGUAAGAACCUCACGAAAGAUGAAGCUGAGCUUGUUCUGUUCAAGAGCCAAAAGAAGAAGGAGCAGAAGCAAGGUUUGGUGGCGAAGAAAGCCAAGCUGGAUAAGGUUCAACGGAAAGUCCGGAAGCAGCAGGUCUCGACCUUUCUGGGGGUGAUCUCCAGGUCGCAGAUCCAUCGCAGCUCCGCGCGAUCUGCGGCCUCCGAGGCUCCGAUCCUGGGCGUGAUCCGCUUGGACUACGACUACCCCCCAGCGGAGGGUGAUAUCGACUGUCCUGGGAGCUACGACUAUGACGUGCUCUUCCGCGUGGUGCCUGGAUUCAGCUUCGCCAUGGCGCAGUCCGGUGAGAUGACGCCGGAGGUCGAGCAGGAGUUCAUCGAGGCAGUGAAAUGGCUGAACAUGCGUGGUGUGAGCGGCAUCACCGGCGAUUGCGGCUUCAUGAUGGCCUUCCAGCCCUUGGCGUCGAAGCAUUCCUCGGUGCCCGUCUUCAUGAGUGCCAUGAUGCAGUGCCCCAUGAUCUCCAUCGCAUUCGACAAGUAUGACAAGGUCCUCAUCUUGACGGCCAACGAGGAGACCCUGAAGCCACAGAAGGUGACGCUGCUCCGGCAAUGCGGCUUCAACGUGGACGAUCGGCGCUUCUUGAUCGUGGGAUGCCAAGAUGUGCCAGGCUUUGAUGCCGUGGCCAAGGGAAAGAAGGUGGACGUGGAAUACGUCACCCCUGGAAUCGUGUACAUGGUGAAGCAGAUCCUCAAGAAGCACGCCUCCAUCCGUGCCAUUUGCCUCGAAUGCACCGAGCUGCCUCCCUACGCAGAUGCCCUGCGUGCCGAGACCAAGCUGCCCGUCUUCGAUGCCAUCACCAACGCCGAUUUCUUCAUCUCCGCUCGCCUGGACAACCCACGCUUCGGCUUCAAUCAGUGGCAGUUGGACUGGGACGGCCAGCAGGAGGAGUGCCCUCGGGUCUUGGGUAACAAGGAGGAAUUGCGCAUGUACUUUGGACCGAAGGAUACGAAGGAGAAGGAUGGUCCCGGCAUGAAUCACAACAUCCAGAUCUACUUGGGCGACAACAUGCACCAGUUCAAGGACAAGUUGGCCGCUGCCUGCAAGGCCGAAGCUGCUGUGGAGAAGAACCGAAAGCGGCAGCAGCAACUGGAGGCUGUGGCAAAUGACAUGUCCUACCGGCACUCGGUCAUGGUCUUCGUGCCCUCGCAACGGCUCCGCGAGCUGGCGCAGCAGGGCAAGGUGGGGGUGAGCAGCUACGAGUACAAGCGCCUCUACCGUAUCGAAGAGCAGGACCCCUCGUCCUGGCAGCCUUUGGAUAGUAUUUGCACCUUCAUGCACUAUUCCAACAUCUACUCCUUUGGUCGAUCGGUGGCGCAGCGCCUGCGCGUGGUCGAUGGCACCGAACAGUACCGCUUGAAGAACAACCGACUCAGACAGUUCGAACGAGAGCAAAAGAAGUACCAGGAACGCCUCCAAGAUAUGAACAUGCCCAACAAGUGCUUCGGCUAUGCCAAGUUCCAACACCCCUCGGAUGGGAACUCCUUGGAGUGGAGACCGGCCUUGAUCAACCGGUCCGAGCAGGUGGGCACCAGCAAGAAGACCUUCAAAGUCUCCUAUGUUUACUCCAGCCACAUCGCCAAUGGCGCACCACCCGAGGAUGCGUUGGCACCUGGGCCUAGCUUCCAGGAGGAGCUGGACGAGGAGGCGAUCCUGCCCGCGCCGAGCGAUCCGAAGAUCAAGGACUUCCUGCGGAGCGAGCACAAGGAGUUCCUGGCGAGAGCCAAGAUCCUCAAGGAACAGGGCAUGGCCGAUACUGAGAUCCUCCGGCAAUUGAACGAGGAGCUCAAGCAGAGCUGGGCGAAAUCCAAGGAAGCGGACGAUGGCUCAUCGGCCUACCCCGCUCAGCCGCCCACGAUGACCCUGGCGGAUGUGCAAGAGGCCAUCCGUAGCAAAGCUGAUGACGAGACGUUGAGCACCUUUCCUCCGGGCUCGACGAUGGCACCCGGCUCCACCAUGACCACAGGAUGA